CUUCAAAAGGCUAUGAUCCAUGGAGGGCUCAAGAAAGGUCUUCAUGAGUGUGCGAAGGCCCUGGAUCGCCGUUCGGCUCGUCUCUGUUGUCUCGCCAGAAACUGCGAGAACGAGGAGUACAAAAAGCUUAUCAAGGCUCUUUGCGACGAAGGUGAAGUCCAUGUUGUUAUGGUUGAAGACGGUAAGGAACUGGGUGCAUGGUGUGGUCUUGCAAAGCUUGAUGAAGAGGGCACUGUGAAGAAGGCUGUCCGUACUUCCUGCGCCGUAGUGACUGAUUUUGGGGAGGAGACCCGUGCUCUUUCCGUUUUGCUCGACUUUUUGAAGAAGCAGGCGGAUGGUGCUGAGCUUUAA